CUUUCCCUCUAUAUUCCUACAUUGCCUAUAACAGUAUUUUCGCUUCACUCGUCUCUCUGAUUUCCAGAUACUGGUCUGGAUCCUCACCGCCUGGUAAUGGUGACAGUACUAGUGACAGUUCCAAAAAGGCUUCAAUUCAUACACUUCGAGAAGCAGAGUGUGAAGCUGUUGAGCUGAGUGCCAAUGAAACAGAUAAUUGUUGCGGAAUCUACUGGUGCUUUACCAAUCCGAUCUGUGGCCACUGUACAAUGUUAUGCAGAAGGGCUUCUGAGUUUCUACUUCAAUACACUCCAAGACCUUCUGGGUGAUGCCCGACGAAGCGAUGCUGUUGUUGACACAAGGAAACUGGAUCGCUGUGUCCGUGCACACCUUCACUUUCAGUAUAGACAUUGCUGGAUCCCAACAGGGCUCAUAGACCAUUCAACACCAGAUCUUCGUGCAGAGCUUUUGGCUGUUGACAGCUUGGGGGACCCCAAAAAUGUCCGAGACCUCAUUGUGGCUACUCUACGAACCCUGCCAUACAAUCAGACCCUACGUCUGCAACCCAUUGUGUGGGGUCAUCUUUUUUCCAAGAUCAUGCCUUUCGACCGAGAAGUGUAUGAACUUCUGUUCCAUGCACUUCCGGCAAUCUACUGGAGUGUCAAUUCCAAAGAUCUCCCCCGUCUCUAUCCAAAUGAAGGAUUAUCGAUGCCGAUGAUAAGCACAGGUGACCGUCCGGAGACUCUUGCUACAGCCAUCUCCGAAUCCCUAUUCACGUACAUCGGCGAUAUCUUGCUCGAAGGCUGUGACGAUUUUAAGGUCCAAGAUAGCAUAUCCUAUCAUGAUCCCACAUCUCAGCUCCCUGAACCUGAUGAUCCUCGAGUUUGUUUUCUCUUGAGCAUGGCAGGUUCCCCUUCGAUACACAGGAUGAACACACUUGAUUCCUCUCUAGGAACAUUUUUCAGUGCUGUCCUAUGGGGAAUUAUGGCUUACAUGGGUGUUGAAGAAUAUAGAAUCGAUGAACCUG